CGCCUGGGGAACCCAGUUUCCGAGGAACUUUUCGCGGGCGCCGGGCGGGCACCGAGGCCAGGGCGGGACGCGAAGGCGCGGAGCGGCAGCGUGCCGGAGCCAGCGGCGCGGCGCUCCCCAGGAAGGGCCGUGCGCGGCGGCGGCGCCAUGGACGAGCCGCCCUUCAGCGACGCGGCUCUGGAGCAGGCGCUGGCCGAGCCGUGCGAACUGGACGCGGCGCUGCUGACCGACAUCGAAGACAUGCUUCAGCUCAUCAACAACCAAGACAGCGACUUCCCUGGCCUGUUUGACCCACCUUAUGCUGGGGGUGGGGCAGGAGUCACAGACCCGGCCAGUCCCGAUGCCAGCUCCUCAGGCAGCUUGUCCCCCCCUCCUGCUACACUGAGCUCCCCUCUUGAAGGCUUCCUGGGGGUGCCCAAGGCAGAGCCCUCACCCUUGUCCCCACCCCAGUCUGUACCCACACCAUUGAAGAUGUACUCAUCUGUGCCCGCCUUCUCCCCUGGGCCUGGCAUCAAGGAAGAGUCAGUGCCACUAACCAUCCUGCAGACCCCUGCCCCACAGUCCCUGCCAGGGGCCCUCCUGCCCCAGAGCUUUCCGGCCCCAGCUCCACCGCAGUUCAGCUCUGCCUCUGUGGUGGGCUACUCCAGCCCUCCUGGAGGCUUCUCCACAGGGACCCCUCCUGGGAGCACCCAGCAGCCGCUGCCUGGCCUGCCACUGGCUUCCCCACCAGGGGUCCCGCCUGUCUCCUUGCAUACCCAGAUCCAGAAUGUGGUCUCCCAGCCGCUGCUGACGGCCACAGCAGCCCCUGGAACGACCACUGUGACCUCACAGAUCCAACAAGUCCCGGUCCUGCUGCAGCCCCACUUCAUCAAGGCAGACUCGCUGCUUCUGACAGCCAUGAAGACAGACGGGGCCACUGUGAAGACAGCGGGGAUCAGCUCCCUGGUCCCUGGCACGGCCGUGCAGACAGGGCCCUUGCAGACCCUGGUGAGUGGUGGAACCAUCCUGGCGACAGUGCCAUUGGUUGUGGACGCUGACAAGUUGCCCAUCAACCGGCUGGCAGCCGGCAGCAAGGCCCCGGGCUCAGCUCAGAGCCGUGGUGAGAAACGCACAGCCCACAAUGCCAUCGAGAAGCGCUACCGCUCCUCCAUCAACGAUAAGAUCGUCGAGCUCAAGGACCUGGUGGUGGGCACUGAGGCAAAGCUGAAUAAAUCUGCCGUCUUGCGCAAGGCCAUCGACUACAUCCGCUUCCUACAACACAGCAACCAGAAACUCAAGCAAGAGAACCUGAGUCUGCGCACGGCUGCCCACAAAAGCAAAUCUCUGAAGGAUCUGGUGUUAACCUGCAGCAGUGGAGAGAACACAGACUUGCCCAUGGAGGGCGUGAGGUCUGAGGUGGUGGACACGCUGACCCCGCCACCGUCAGAUGCUGGCUCGCCCUCCCAGAGCAGCCCCUUGUCCCUUGGCAGCAGGAGUAGUGGCAGCGGUGGCAGUGGCAGUGGCAGUGACUCGGAUUCUGAUAGCCCAGUCUUUGAGGAUAUCCAGGUGAAGCCAGAGCAGCUGCCAUCUCCCCACAGCCGGGGCAUGCUGGACCGCUCCCGCCUGGCGCUGUGUACACUUGUCUUCCUCUGUCUGUCCUGCAAUCCCUUGGCCUCCCUGCUGGGUGGCCAGGGGCUUCCUGGCCCCUCGGAUGCCACCAGUGUCUACCACAGUCCUGGGCGCAACAUGCUGGGCAUCGAGGGCAGAGAUGGCCCUACCUGGGCCCAGUGGCUGCUGCCCCCACUGGUCUGGCUGAUCAAUGGGCUGCUGGUGCUGGUCUCCUUGAUGCUUCUCUUUGUCUAUGGAGAGCCAGUCACACGGCCCCACUCCAGCCCUGCCGUGCACUUCUGGAGGCAUCGCAAGCAGGCUGACCUGGACCUGGCCCGGGGGGACUUUGCCCAGGCUGCCCAGCAGCUGUGGCUGGCCCUGCGGGCACUGGGCCGGCCCCUGCCCACCUCCCACCUGGACCUGACCUGCAGCCUACUCUGGAACCUCAUCCGCCUCCUGCUGCAACGUCUCUGGGUGGGCCGCUGGCUGGCAGGCCGGGCGGGGGGCCUGCAAAGGGACUGUGCUCUGCAGGCGGAUGCUCGCGCCAGCGCCCGAGAUGCAGCCCUUGUCUACCAUAAGCUGCACCAACUGCACACCAUGGGGAAGUACACAGGUGGGCAUCUUGCUGCCACCAACCUGGCGCUGAGUGCCCUGAACCUGGCGGAGUGUGCAGGGGAUGCCCUGUCCGUGGCAACGCUGGCAGAGAUCUACGUGGUGGCCGCGCUGAGGGUCAAGACCAGUCUCCCGCGGACCUUGCAUUUUCUGACACGCUUCUUCCUGAGUAGCGCCCGCCAGGCCUGCCUGGCACAGAGUGGCUCGGUGCCUCUUGCCAUGCAGUGGCUCUGCCACCCCGUGGGCCACCGUUUCUUUGUGGAUGGGGACUGGGCCGUGCGCAGUUCCCCGCGAGAGAGCCUGUACAGCUUGGCUGGGAAUCCAGUGGACCCCCUGGCCCAGGUGACUCGGCUAUUCCGUGAACAUCUCUUGGAGCGAGCACUGAACUGUGUGGCCCAGCCCAACCCCAGCCCCGGGUCAGCUGAUGGGGACAGGGAGUUCUCAGAUGCACUCGGGUACCUGCAGCUGCUGAACAGCUGUUGCGAUGCUGCCAGCGCCCCUGCCUGCAGCUUCUCCAUCCGCUCCAGCGUGGCCACCAGCACCAGCACAGACCUGGUGGCCAAGUGGUGGGCCUCACUGACGGCUGUGGUGAUCCACUGGCUGCGGCGGGAAGAGGAGGCAGCCGAGCGGCUGUACCCACUGGUGGAGCACCUGCCCCGUGCCCUGCAGGAGUCCGAGAGACCCCUGCCCAGGGCAGCUCUGCACUCCUUCAAGGCCGCCCGGACCCUGCUGGGCUGUGCCAAGGCAGAGUCUGGCCCAGCCAGCCUGGCCAUCUGUGAUAAGGCCAGUGGGUUCCUGCGGGACAGCCUGGCCACCACACCAGCUGGCAGCUCCAUUGACAAGGCCGUGCAGCUGUUUCUGUGUGACCUGCUCCUCGUGGUGCGCACUAGCCAGUGGCGGCAGCAGCAGCCCCCGCCAGCCCAGGCGUCCCAGGGCGCCACCAGCGGGCCCCAGGCCUCUGCCCUUGAGCUUCGUGGCUUCCAGCGCGACCUGAGCAGCCUGCGGCGCCUGGCGCAGAGCUUCCGGCCUGCCAUGCGAAGAGCGCGGCUGCGGAGCUGGAGCCCCGGCCCACGAGGCGGGAGCACGCCGAGGCUCUGCUGCUGGCCUCGUGCUACCUGCCGCCCGGCUUCCUCCCGGCGCCCGGGCAGCGCGUGGGCAUGCUGGCCGAGGCGGCGCGCACGCUGGAGAAGCUCGGCGAUCGCCGGCUGCUGCACGACUGUCAGCAGAUGCUCUUGCGCCUGGGCGGUGGGACCACCGUCACCUCCAGCUAGAUCCUCAGCGUCCCGGGCUCGACUGGCCGCAGGCAACACCGGAGACCCGGAUCUCCACGAUCCACCUGUGGCUGCACGGUCCCGGGGUGGGGCUGGGGGGGCCUCGGUGACCUCUGUCUCUUUCGCUGGGAGGCCAGAGGGGCGCUACCCUCCCACCGCAGCCCGCUCCUAAAGCAGCUGAGCGGCGGCCAGGGUGGUGCUGACCUCUGGUGACCGAUCGCGAGAUUGCAGGGGCUCAGCCUGCCGGGUUUUGCUCGCAGGCACUUCAGUGGCUUUUUCCCUCUCCUGUCUACAGGGAAGAGGGGCUACAUUUUGCUUGGCUUUCCCGGUCAGCAAGGGGAGCCCUGCCCCAAGGCUCCUCUUUCCCUUCUAGGGAGACUUGUACAUAGUGUAGAUCAGGGUGUGCCACCCUCCUGGCCUCUGAGGCUCAUGUGCUACUUUCUCUUUCGGAAACUUUAUUUUCAUAGGUUGAGAAGUUUUGUACAGACAAUAAAAAAUGAAAUUAUUUAUA